GGCUGCAUUCAGUCUGAGCGCCGGCAGAGACGCGUGUGAGAAACAGCCGCCCCGCCCCCCUGCCAGCACGGAACCGGCUCGCGUUUAUUUCCACCGCAGCGCCAUGGACUGAGGGGUCCCAGUUAGACCGUGCAGCGAUCAGACCUUUCUUUUGUUCUUUCUUUAAACGGGCCCAUUCUUCGUGUGCUGGGAACGGAAGAUUUUAAAUGGGAAGUGGAUAGCUGCUCCGGCCAGCCUGGAGGAAGGAUUCCCUCGACUCCUAGAGCACACAGUGGAGUGGGAUUCCUGCCAUGCCAUGGAUGGCUCCGGGAUGGAGUCAGAAGGCAGAAUCAACAAGACAGUCUCUUCUUUAACGGCCCAUAAUCGGAACUUGACCUAUUUGCCCUAUUACCAGCAUUCCCCGCCCGUUGCUGCCAUCUAUAUCAUCUCCUACUUGUUUAUCUUUGCCUUGUGCAUGGUUGGGAACAGUCUGGUCUGCUUCGUGGUGCUGAGGAGCAGCCGGAUGAGAACCGUCACCAACCUCUUUAUCCUCAACCUGGCCAUCAGCGACUUGCUGGUGGGGAUUUUUUGUGUGCCCACCACACUGGUGGACAAUUUAAUCACAGGCUGGCCCUUCAGCAACGGCGUCUGCAAGAUGAGUGGGCUGGUGCAGGGCAUGUCCGUGGCCUCCUCCGUGUUCACACUGGUGGCGAUUGCCGUGGACAGGUUCCGCUGCAUCAUUUACCCCUUUAAAUCCAAGCUCAGCCUGCUCAAGGCCCUGAACACCAUCGCGGUCAUCUGGGUCCUGGCCAUCGCCAUCAUGUGCCCCUCUGCUGUCAUGCUCACGGUGGUGCAGAUUGAGGAUCACUACAUGGUGCACGACGGCAACCAGAGCCUGGCUUUCCCCCUGUACUCCUGCUACGAGGCCUGGCCCAACAGCGAGAUGCACAAGGUCUACACCACUGUCCUUUUCGCCCACAUCUACGUGGCCCCCUUGACCCUCAUCGUGGCCAUGUACGGGAGGAUCGGGGCCAAGCUCUACCGGUCGGCGGGCCCGGUGAGCAAGCACAGCGUGGAGAGCCAGGAGUGCGGCAGCGCGGCCGUCUCCAGGCGGAAGGUCAAGGUCAUUAAGAUGCUCACCUUGGUGGCCCUGCUCUUCAUGCUUUCCUGGCUGCCCCUGUGGACCUUGAUGCUGUUCACAGACUAUGCCAAGCUGGAGGACGAGGAGCUGGACCUGCUGACGGGCUACAUCUUCCCCUUUGCCCACUGGCUGGCCUUCUCCAACAGCGGCAUCAAUCCCAUCAUCUACGGCUACUUCAACGAGAACUUCAAGCGGGGCUUCCAAGCCGCCCGCAAGCUCCCGGGGUGCGGUGGCCAGCGCCAGCGGCUUCUGCGUGCGAAACAAGAUCUUCACAGACAGGGAAACCUCCACCUCCGUCUGCCUCAAGAGCCUGCCCCCCAGCACUCCCUGCCCUGCGCAGAACGGACAGAGCGAGAGGCAGGGGCUUUCCCUGCGGGACAUCGAUAA